AUGUCAAUGAUGCUCAUCCCGCAAGCUCUAAAACCUUCUUCCUCCUUUCGCCGCUUCAUAGCGACCGCCACACACACGUAUCCAUCUACACCAUCUCCUGCCUUUCCCAAUGAAUAUGCACACGCUAAGAUCGUGACGACUCAAGUGCCUGGUCCAAAAUCGCAGCAGCAGCUAGAGCGUCUUGCUGUGCUACAAAACACUAGUGCAAUCAACUUUUUCGUCGACUAUACGGCCAGCAGAGGCAAUUACCUCGUCGAUGUAGAUGGAAAUCGUUUUUUAGAUGUCUACGGCCAGAUUGCAUCCUUGCCCAUUGGCUAUAACCACCCUGCAAUCCUCGAGGCGAUGAGUGACAAGCACAACCUAGCAUUGCUAGCCCAACGACCUUGUCUCGGCGUCUUUCCACCUUCUGACUGGGUCGAUCGCAUCAAUGAGACUCUACUCAAAGUGCUUCCAGAUGGGCUCGACGACGUCAAUACACUUAUGUGUGGCUCAUGCUCAAAUGAAAAUGCUUUCAAAGCUGUUUUCAUUUGGUUUCAGACCAGGCUACGAGAUGGCCGUCCACCUUCGGCGCACGAUCUUGAGACGUGUAUGGCUCAUCAAUUACCUGGCACUCCCAAGUUAAGUAUCCUUUCCUUUGAUGGAGGAUUUCAUGGUCGAUUGUUGGGAUGCCUUUCAACAACUCACUCGAAAGCUAUUCAUAAAGUGGAUGUUCCAGCUUUCGAUUGGCCAGUAGCACCAUUUCCAAAACUAACGUAUCCGCUGAAUAUUCAUCAAGCUACAAAUGAAGCGGAAGAAGCGCGGUGCUUAGAAAAUGUCGAGAGAUUACUUAAGCACAGUUCUAACGUGACCAAGCCUGAUGACUCUCGUAUUGCUGGCAUGAUAAUUGAGCCGAUUCAAGCAGAAGGAGGAGACAAUCACGCUAGUCCUGCAUUCUUUCGUCAACUGCGCGACCUUGCUGCUAACUAUGGCGUGGCAUUUAUUGUCGACGAAGUUCAAACUGGUGGAGGUAGCACGGGCAAAUUCUGGGCACAUGAACACUGGGGUCUUGAGAACCCACCAGAUCUUGUGACGUUCAGUAAAAAGAUGCAAACCGGCGGCUACUUUGCCAAAAAAGAGUUUCGUCCAAAAGAAGGGUACCGCAUUUUUAACACGUGGAUGGGAGAUCCAACUAAAAUGAUCGCCCUUAAAACGGUACUUGACGUGAUCGAACGCGAGAACCUCCUUGAAAACGUUAACGUCACCGGUGAUUAUCUCAAGACCGGACUGCACGAAGUUGCUGCCAGCUUUCCAGCACUUGUGUCUAGCGUACGUGGUCAAGGAACGUUUUUGGCCAUGGACUUGCCGACGGAAGCAUUGCGUAACAAAUUUCUUCUUCUCAUGAAAAAAAAUGGUAUUGCAUCGGGAGGCUGUGGGGUAACUUCAGUGCGAUUUCGUCCGGCCCUCGUAUUUCAGCCAAAACAUGCGGUUGAGUAUUUGGUCAUGAUGCGCGAGUCAGCGUCAAUGAGUGUCAGUAUCAAGGUAUCGGUUCGUUGUCGACCAUUUACAUGUGAUGACAAGUUGGGCGUCGUGAUGACGCAAAAUGGUGAAGAAGAAGGAGAUGUGGAACUAAUCAAUUCAACGUACUCCACUACGAGAUUUCCAUUCAGCUACGCAUGGUGGAGUGCUUAUGGCUAUAAGCGGCACAUUCAGGGCGAUACAAAACAAGCUGAUAAAAUGACGCUUGUUGACCAACAAAUGGCAUAUGAUAGCAUUGGACGUAAAAUCAAGCUUGACCUCAUAGGAGGCAAUGCUGUUGUUCUCUUUGCUUACGGUCUCUCGGGCUCUGGAAAAACAUUUACUGUCUUUGGGCCUGAUGCUGUAGAUCUUCCCGAAGCAUGGUUCAAACAUGAAAAUCCUCAUCCAAUGUGGGGAAUCUUUCCUCGUUUAGCCUACGAAUUGUUUAAGGAAAAGCAGGAUGGCUGGAAAAUCUCUAUGAAAUACUUUCAAAACGUUGUGGACACUGUGCGGGAUCUCAUGUCUCCAGUGGCUCAAGAACAACAAUACAAGUCAGGCAUGCGCAAAGACCCGGACGGAUUUACUGAUAUCGAAUGGUGUCAAUCGGUUGUUCUUAAGGACUGGAAUGACUUGCGGAAAACGUUUAUGGUCGCAAAUGCGAAGAAAGCGAUUGCACCGACGCAAUUUAAUCAUCAAUCAACACGUGGUCAUUGUAUCAUGACUCUUGAAGUCGAGAAACCGGAUCCAGAACGUGAGGGUAUGAAACAAAGAGGUCGUGUCUAUGUGUGCGAUCUUGCCGGUACAGAACCUGCAGGGGACAUUGUUUACGCCGAUUACAAGAAAAUUGUGUUUGAAAAUGGAGAAAUUGAGCAUAAGUACGUCGGUCCUCACCCAGAUGCGUCAAAAUCGAAAGAAUUACAAGAUCAAGGGAAGAAGAUCAACUUGUCACUUACUGAAAUGGCACAAUUUUUUAUGAAAAUGGCCGAAGCGGUGAAAGCAAAUAAACUUAAACCCGGUGUUUCGAUUCCUGGAUGUAAUUCGUACUUCCUGUGCAAGUAUUUGAAAGAUACAAUGUUACAAGCUCGAACAUAUCUCUUUUGUGCAAUUCGUCCCGAAGUCAAAUUUCACGGCUAUACUUUCUCCACUCUAGGCUUCGCUAAAAAUGCCUCCGUUAUUAAGCUUCAACCAAAAAAAGCGUCAACUGCUGCAAGUCCUGCAGAACGGAAGCUCAUGGCUGAGUUGGAACAGAUGAAAGCACUUGUGAAUCAAUUAAAGCAUGAGAAUGAACAGAUCGCAAAGACAAGACGUUCUGCCGAAUCUGACGACGAGAAUGCUGAAGGUGAUGAUGCAGCUAAUGAACAGGUCGCGCGAUUGGCAGAAAUGCUUAAUCAGAAGCAAAGAGAACUUGAAAAUGUGUUGAAUGGAGGUAAAGGGGGAGCAAGGGGUGGAUUAAGUGUGCAAGAUGAAUUGAUGCAACGUCAGCGCGAAGAGUAUGGUAAACGUGGCAUUCAUUUGUAUCACUUUGAAGCUGAUACAUCAUCUCCAUAUUUAAUUAAUCUCGAUGUCGAUGCGUAUCGGUCCAAGAGAUUUAUGUUUUUACUGGACAGACCUCACUUAUCAGUAGGCCCUUGUGGAGAUAUCCAACCAAUGUCGCUCAGCAUUGUAAAAAAUCAUUGUACAUUCGAAAAUGAUGGACACGACAUUUAUCUUUGUGCUGGUGAUGGAGAAGCUAUGCAUAAUGGCAAGAAGGUUGAGAAAAUGAAGCGGAUACAACUUGUGCCUUACGAUCGUGUCGUACUUGGUAAUGAGUUGAUGCUUUUCGUAUACCCAGGUCGCGAGCCAGAUAGGGAGCCACCAUCGGCUGAUUUUGCCGCUACAGAGUACAAAGAAGCACUUCAGACUAUUGAUACUUCUGCACUUGAUGAACUACAGAAUCAGAUCAAACUGUUUGAAGAAGAGAAAGCACGUUGGGAAAAGGAACGGCUGGAGAGAGAAGCUGCGGCUGAAAAGGCAGUCAAAGCUACAAUGAGUCCGAAUGAUGCAUCAAGCUCUGCUGCGGCUGAAGCUGCGGUCGCUGAGAAAUUAGCAACAGCAAAAGCAGAAGAAGAAGCUCGACUAGCCACAGAAAAAAGACGUGAGCUUCUGGCUAGACAGGUGAAUGACCAGGAACUUCGGGAAGUACUGCCGAAAAUUGCAGAGCUCACACAGAUCGUCAAGCUGUUAAAUCGCGAUUAUCUCAGCUUUGAGACAGCUUUACAGAGCUCAUCAAUGGAAGAAAAAGAUGAAAGUGGCCUCAGUGGUAUUCCAAAAGUCAAGGUUAAAGUUCACAAUAACGCUACAGACGAAACGAUCUUUUUGGAUGUGUUUGAGUUCGUGAAAGCUCAUGCACUUUUGAAGGACGAAGUCACCUUUCUUCGAAAUGCGCUUAUGAAUGAUCGAGAGUAUGAAUCACCAGCAGGGCGUGAUCCAAUCACUCUUCUUUUUGACAAUUCCUUUCACGUUGGAAGUGCCACGACCUUUCUAGAGUAUAUAUUAUACAAUCUAGAAACGGAGCCAGAUGAGUCACAGCUCAGUAUCAAACUUGCUAUUCCACCGUUUAAUACAAUUGGUAAGCUGCAGGUGAUCUGGACCCCGCUUUCGUCGCCAAACAUAGAAGCACACAAUGAAGACGAUUUGAUCGACAUUGAAAAUCCUCAAGAUCUUCUUGGUAGAUCUUGGACCUAUAAGGUCCAAAUUGUUGGAGCUACCGGCCUUCCACUGAUUACAGAUUUAGCGUAUUGCCAGUAUGAAUUUCUUGGAGAACUCUUUACGACUGAAAGUGUUGAGCAAAGAACACGGAACCCUGUAUUCAACUACGAAUAUGUUCACCACGUAAGCUGCGUCACUGAGCAGUUUCUUGAGUACCUUUCGAGUGCACGUCUGGAAUUUCAAAUAUUUGUAAAGCCGUACAUGCUCGAUUUGCCUAAGGACAAAAUUUCUACAAGAAAUCCCGCAAUUGCCACGCGGCUUGAACAGGGACAUGCAGGCAAACCAACGAUUGAAGAACUUCAAACAGAGUGUGCGCGUUUGGAAUUACAUCUUGCAAACGUAUCAGAAGAUUUAAAGUUUCUGAUCGAGCAAUACCGGAUUGAUGUCGGAAGAGAUCCCCCCACACGCCCUCAACGGAUCGAAAACGAUCUUGAACAUGUCGAUGGUCUUGAUCAUGCUUGUACAAGCCAGACUGACCUCGCACCUUGCACACCAAGGCAAAAGAUUGAAUCAGCUAAAGCGGAUGAUAGCCAAAAGCAGUUCACAUCUGCCUUCUUACUUGCUGGAGCUGUUUUUGUACGUGGCCUGGAGCUGUUUUUGUACGUGGCCUUGGGUAUAGUAAUAAUGUCAACGUCUCGAGUUCAAAUUGAAGACAUUAAACUGGAGAUUGACCGAAAGGUAUCAAACAUACCGAAAGUCACUACUCUGUCAUCUUCGCCGAAACAUCAAAGCGACAUCAGUGAUAAUGUGAACACACGCACUUCACUGAACAUACUAAUUGCAUCGUGGAAUAUGGGGAAUACGAUGCCACCCAGCGACUCAAAACUAUUAAACGACUGGAUUCCAGAGGGUGGUGGCGACUUUGAUGUCAUAGCACUGGGAUUGCAGGAAAGUACUUAUAAGAGUGACAAAAUCUCUGAGAAUUUGGUAACGGAUAGCUGGUCUGCGGCUAGUGAAGAGCAAGACGAAAGGUGUUCAUCUGUACCGAAUAGUGUACUUCAUGACACUGAAGUGUACGAUGUGGAUGAAGAAGAGGAAGAGGAGGAUCUCGAAAGCGAAGUUAAACAUGAGUUAAAAAGCAAAGAAAGUGAUGAUCAAAAUGGUGCCAAUAAAUCUUUGGACGUUAUUGUUAAGCGGUCACGUACGAAGAAAUCUAUGCGUAAGAUGACUAAGAUGGUGCGCAAGUUAAGCAGCAAUUUGCGCGACUCGAUAGGAGAUGCCUUAGACUAUCCGUUCAGCAAACAAAUUUAUCUACAUCUUGGUGAAAGCUACGUUUUAGCUGGAAAAGUCGAGUUAAUGGAAAUGCGUUUGUUUGUUUACGUUCACGAGCGCAACAAUGUUUGUGAUGUUGAAAAGCUGGCAGUACCAACAGGUUUAGGAAGCGUUAUAGGGAAUAAGGGUGGACUUCUACUUAAGUGUGUUGUUCAGAACACAUCGCUUUGCUUUGCUAGUUGCCAUUUGGCUGCGCACCAAGAUCAAAAAUUUCUUGACAAACGGAACACAGAUUGCUCAACGAUUCUCGGAGCGCAGUUUGGACAAAAGAAUGUGUCGAUUGACAAUCAAUUUGAUCAUUGUUUCUGGUUUGGCGAUUUAAACUACCGACUGGAUCUCAGUUACUCGACUCCACGUCAGCGCACUCAUGAAAUUCAUUGUGCUGAAAUCAUGACCCUUAUACGUGCGAAGAAAUGGACUACAAUGAAUCAAAAUGACCAACUUAAACAUCAAGUUGAUGAAAAGAAGGUGCUUUCUGGAUGGGAAUUACCUCUGGCUUUAUUCUCGCCAACUUUCAAGCGAGUUCGUCACACUCUAGACGAGUACUUGUUGGAGCGCGUACCAUCCUACUGCGACCGUAUCUUGUAUAAAUCGUUACCGGGACUACGAGACAACCUUCAGCUUUUGCGAUUUACUUGUGAUGAAUCAAUCGCUACAAGUGAUCACAAGCCUAUUUCCGCUUCUUUUCAAGUUGUUCAAACACCACAACUUCAUUUGAGCUCAAUUGAGAAUUCAACACUUGUUGAACUUUCGGACUUUUCCGGGAAAGGUCUCGUAGGGCUUGAUCUAGCUGGGCUUAGUGAUCCAUACGUCAAAUUUUACUCGGUUCCAGGCAAUGCAUUACAGCUAGACACAAGUGGAAGUCAUCCGAGUACAUCUACAAUCUCGAAUACUUGCUCACCAAUGUGGCGAGAUGAUCAAGUACCUAGGCUACAUGUAUUGUGCGAUAAUGAGCGUGACGUGAAAGGUGUUCAUUUAACUCUUGUUGUGAUGGAUCAUGACUCUACUUCAAAAGACGAUUUAAUGGGUGUUGCUUCGUUGUCGUUGGGUAAAUUUACCCAAAGCCGACCACGCUUUAUUCCAUUUGAGGUUCCUGUUGCGUUAAAUGGCAAAGCUGCAGGAAUUCUUGCUGGCAGAAUUCGCGUCACACUUCCUGGUCAAGUUACAUUUCUCGAAGAUGAAUCUAGACCUCAAUUGAUUCGUAUGCCUCCUCAUCGCCAGCAUCCCGCUGAGUUCCGUCUGGAGCUCGAUCUUAAUGACAACGCGAGUAAGGCAGAUACCAUUGCUCAGCAAUUACCACCCAUAUCAGAUGGAUGCUCUCGAUUAUAUCUCUGCCGUCACGGUCAGACAGACUUCAAUUUACAACGCAAGAUCCAAGGUCGUGGUGUCAACAUGCCACUGAACAUCGAGGGAAUAGAACAGGCUCAGUUUUUGGCCAAAGCUAUGAAGGACGUGCCUCUUGUCGCCAUAUAUAGUAGCUCAUUAGAACGCGCGAUUCAGACGGCGGACGCAGUUGCUCACCAUCAUCCUGAAAUGAAAGUUCAGUCUUUUGACGAAGUAGAAGAAAUGAAUUUUGGACAGCUAGAGGGUCAACCAAUGAUAAUGCACGAAGAUCAACUUCGUACCAUGUACAAGCGGUGGGAACAAGGUGAAAUUCGUGCUGCGUGGCCGGGAGGGGAGAGUCCAUUGGAUGUCGUAAAUCGCGGUGUUAAGAAAAUUACUGAAAUUGUCAGUAAUACACCACCCAAGAAGCAAGUUCUCAUGGUCACACACGGUCGCUUUAACAAAAUUGUGCUGGCUCAAAUGCUUCAGGGCGAAUUGACCAAUAUGACCAAGAUUGAUCAAAAUAACACGUGCGUUAACGUCAUUGACUUUGACCACGCUACGCAGACAUAUCACGCUGUGGCGCUCAAUAACAUUAAUCACUUACCUGAGCCGCCCUCAGUUUAG